AUGUUGUUUACACACUUUUUAGAAGAAAAUUCUUAGUAAAUUUUUUUUCGGUGUAAUGUCAAACAUUGUGAAUUAGUCGUAUUGUUGAAAUUAAAUUCAAUUGCAAAUCAAAAUUCACUUGUACAAAUCAAAAUCUAAUGUAUAGAUAUUACCAUGUCAAGUCGCUAUGAUGGUGCCGUGACAAUUUUCUCCCCCGACGGACACCUGUUGCAGGUGGAAUACGCUCAGGAGGCAGUUCGCAGGGGUUCAACAGUGGUCGGAUUGUGCACAAAGAAUUGCAUAGUGCUGGGAGUGGAGAAAAAGGCUGUCGAUCCACUGCAAGUUGAGAGGGCGACACAUAAAAUUAAAAAACUUGACGAUCAUAUGAUCAUUACUUUUGCUGGUCUUACGGCCGAUGCUCGAGUGCUCAUUAAUCGUGCCCAGAUUGAGGCUCAAAUGCAUUGCCUAAACCGGGAGAGACCAGCGUCUGUGGAAUACAUUACACGAUACAUUGCCAAAUUAAAACAACAGAAUUCCCAUACGAAUGGACUGCGUCCAUACGGUGUCUCUUGCAUCAUAGGUGGCUUCGAUGUGGAUGGAAAGCCGCAUUUGUUCCAGACCGAGCCUUCGGGAAUCUAUUACGAGUGGCAGGCCAACUCAACGGGGCGAUUGGGCCAAGCAGUCAGAACGUACAUUGAGAAGAAUCGCAGUGCGAUGAUUAACGCCCCCAAUGAGGUUGAAGCCGUCAAGCAGAUGGUGCGCACCUUGCAUUUGUCCACAUCAUUGGGUCCGAGUUUCUUCGAAGUGGUUGUGCUGAAGCACAACGAGCCGAUGACCAAAGUUGCCCCCGAGAUGAUAGCCUACAUGGUUCAGCUCAUUAAGCAGGAGGUUGCCGAGGAGGAGGCUAAGCAAAAGCAGCAACAGCGCACCGCGGCGACUUGAUUUGGAGUUCGACGUUUUUCUUGUUAACUUCACGUUUGCCGAGAGCGAUUUAGUUAACCUUUCGGUCCAAUCAAGACUUCAUGAAAGUUCUUUUUUUUGUUCUCUCUCGGCAAUUUAAUUUUAACCUCUCUCUCUCUUUCUCUUCCCGUAUUUGGCUCAUUCUCAAGGGAUGCUUGCGGAAUAUGCCAACUGCAAGCUGGCAAGGGUAUGGGAAAGGUAGAUGAGGGAAAGUAAUCAGCACGAAAAAUGUGUAAAGUGAGCAAAUCACUUAAUUUGCCUCAAGGGCAUGUUUAUAUACUUCAUCGCAUCGUCCAUCGUCCUCACAACGCUCAAAUUCCUUGACCAUUUCAGAUGGACGCUAUCUUAACUUGGCCAGCUUUUAUGUGCAGGCAACGGGAUGGCAAAAGACGAGUUAGAAACUUUUAAGUGAAAAUGGGAAUUGAAUUUACGCCAAAAUUGAACACCCAAACACACACAAUUAUACAUAUAGUAUAUGUAUAUAUAUAGUGCGAGUAUUGGCAGUUUGUGUUGGCUUCAAUAUUUUCAACCUAUGCUUACUCACAACUCACAAAAUUCAGCCCGAAGUGCCAUUUGCAACGUGUUUAUUUAGUUGAAGCAAGCGUUUUAAUCAAAUGUAUGCCCUGGGUAAUGUCUGCACUAUGAGUGAGAGAAUGCUCGAACCGAAAUCUAUGAUGGAAAGUUUGUGUUCGAGUGCGCGUAUUUCCAAUUCCGUGAAAAUUCAGUUAAUAUUAUCGAAGUUGCUCUAAUAAACUUUAGAUAUUUAUCAA